CACAAUUAGUAUGAUUCUUGAGUUUUUCAGCUAGUUAUUUGAAAGUUAAGGAGUCAAAGAAUUAAAAAAGAAAGGAAUCAUCACUUUUCUCUUACAAUAGGCUCAAGUAUUGAAAUCCCAAAACCAAAAUUUGGUACAAAGUAAUGCAUAAAACUAAAAGGAAAGGGUUCUCUGCAAUUUGAACAUGUUGGAAUUGCACAUAAAACUACAUUUAUUGUAAUGCAUAAAAGUACUACUCCUAUAUAACAUCAUCAUCAUCAUCAUCAUCAUCAAUUAGAAAUAUAUACAGGCAAACUCAGAUUGUUUCUAGCUAAGGGUCAAAAUAUAAUAGAUUUGAUCGGAUCAAAAGAUGGCUGAUUUCAGAAGGCGAAGUAUGAUGAUGCGAAACAGGCUGUCCAUUCCUCCAAGGAUGAUUGAUGAGGAAGUCAAUCCACCUUCUGGCUGGACUCAGACUCCUCAACACCAUCUUCUUAUUCUUGAUCUCCCGGAUUUUAGGAAAGAUGAUAUAAAGUUUAAUGUAAAUGAAUCUGGCACCAUUAUAAUCAGUGGAAGGCGAAAAAUAGGGGAAGAUAAACAAAAGCAUUUUGAAAGGACUUUCGAUGUGCCAGAAAAUGGAGAUAUUAAGAACAUUACUAUGAAAUUUGAUGGAGAUGCACUUACAGUAUUCAUCCCCAAACUAGACAAACAAGCCAAUGAAAAACCAGAAACUAAAACAGCUUUAACAUCAAAUAAUCAAAGCCAUGAAAAUGAAAACAAGGAGAAGGAAAAAGAAAAAGAAAAACCAGAGACCGCCGUUUCCGGUAAAGAAAUCAAGGAAAAGGAACGAUUCGAGAAACCUGCAACUUCAAGUAAAACGAUUAAAGAGGAAAGUGAAAAACCAGAGACCGCAAUUUCUGAUAAGGAAAUCAAGGAAAAGGAACGAUUUGAGAAACCUGCAACUUCAAGUAAUACGAUUAAAGAGGAAAGUGAAAGACCAGAAACUGCAAUUUUAAGUAAGGACAUUAAGGAGAAGGAAGACAUUGAAAAACCUGAUUUGAGCAAGAAAUUGAAGGGAGAUAAAAUGAAUAGAAAAGAAGGGGAAAAGACAGAGAAAACUGUAAUUGUGAAGAUUAUUGAGAACAAAGGGAUUUUUUUAGCUUCAAUUAUAUCUUUUACACUUGGAGUUUUAUUUUCUCAAAAAUACCAUCAAACACCUUCUAAAUAAAUAAAUUAAGACAAAAACCUUGUUUCUUGUUUUAAGUCAUCAUCAUAGAUAAUAUGGAUCCUUUAUUGUUCAUAAAUUGUAAGAGAUUUAUAUUGUAUUAUUAAUUAAACCUA